AUGGAACUGGAUCGAUUGAUAAGGAAACGCCGAGCGAUCCGUGGAGCCACAACGAGGCUACUGCAAACUAUGGACACGGAGCUAAAUCGGGACCCCGCUGAUGUUGGACGCUUACGUGAGUUACUGGCGAACCUGUCCACUAAAGAGGAAACAUUACGGGAGUUAGACCAAGGAAUUGAGGACGCGAUAGCGACGGACGAUUUGGAAGCAGAAAUCGCGAGCACCGAGGAUUAUAAGGAAAGAGUCAUCACGCUGAGGACACGUGCACAGCGAGCGGCGCAAGCUGUGAAGAAGGCGUCAGAUGUGGUUGCAUUAAGACAGCUCUAUGAUGAAUGUGAGAUCCAAAUACGAAGUCUGGAGUCACUGGGAGUUGUGUCAGAGACUUAUGGCAGUUUGCUUUGCCCCAUCCUGCUGCAGUUGAUACCAGAGGAGAUCACACUUCAGUACAGCAGGCAACGAGCAGCUAAACGCAACACUGUGAAGCUGGUUCUGGAAAAUAUGCAGGACAGUGGACAGAAAAUAGAAAUUGAAGCGAUAGAAACUCCACAAAUCUGUACUGCAGUUAUGAAGGUUCCAGUGGAACUGCCAUGGCGGCACGAGAACCCAGAACUUCCAGACAACUACCAAAUUGCCAAGAAAAGAUUUGAAGGGCUGAAACGCAAGUUGCGGGCAGAUGUAAUCUUCUACAAGAGAUACAGCGAGGUGAUAGAGGAUUACCUGCAACAGGGCAUAGUUGAAGAAGUUACUGAUGAUGAGUGUUUAUCACCCACAGUUAAAUAUUACUUGCCUCAUCAUGCAGUGCUCCGCGAAGACAAGAUGACAACUAAGCUGAGAGUGGUGUUUGAUGCCUCAUCACAUGAAGACGGCUGUCCGUCCCUGAACAAUUGCCUGCUAACAGGUCCAAACCUGAACCCAGACCUGCUUGGCAUAUUGGUCAGAUUCAGACUGCAUAAAAUUGCAUUCAUGGCGGACAUCAAGAAGGCAUUCUUGCAAAUUUCUCUUGCUCAGAAAGACAGAGACGCAGUGAGAUUUCUGUGGCUCACUGCUUCACCAAGAGAAGAGGCUGACGAAAGGCUGCGCGUGUUGAGAAUGACCAGAGUGGUGUUUGGGGUGUCCUCAAGCCCAUUCCUGUUGGCAGCUGUGGUGAGAAGGCACCUUCAGCAAUACAAAGAACACCCUCACCCUGUACAGCUAAUCACAGAGUCACUGUAUGUGGAUGACUUUGUGGCCAGCGUCCGUGACAUAGAAGAGGCUUUGUCUGUGACAACUGAAGCCAAGAAAAUCAUGGCUGCUGCUGGAAUGGACCUGUGCAAGUGGAUGACAAACUCUCCAGCACUUAAGGAGAGUUGGAGGAAGACAGUCAUAGGGCCCAUUGAAGAGCCAGAUGCCCACGGAACAGUGCUGAAGGUAUUGGGCUUAGUGUGGAGAACACAGACAGAUGACUUUGUCUUUGACCUAAGACCUCUGUUGGAGAAGCUGACAAUAAGCGGCACAAAGAGAAAUGUUUUGCAACACGCUGCUAGUAUCUUUGACCCUCUGGGUUUCCUAACACCAUUUACCAUUAGGGUUAAAUGCCUGCUACAAGAAAUGUGGGAGAGAGGGCUGAGCUGGGACGAGAAGCUGCCACCUGAUCUGAAUGGACAAUGGCGCAACUGGCGCUCUGAACUCCCCCUGAUACACCAGAUCGCUAUACCACGCUGGUAUGGAGAAAGGAAUGAGCAGAGUGACAAAACAUUAACACUUCAUGUGUUUUGUGAUGCCAGUGAAAGAGCAUACAGUGCUGUGGCCUACCUACAGUGGGAGGGAGAGGACAGAAAGAUGGCUAGUCUGGUUGCAUCAAAAUCCAGAGUAGCACCACUAAAGAAACUGUCCUUGCCACAUCUCGAGCUAAUGGGAGCACUGAUAGGAGCAAGGCUCGGAAGAAACUUGAUAAAUCUGCUGAAGAUGGAACUCUGUCAGCUUCACCUGUGGACAGACUCCAUGAUUGUGCUACACUGGAUUCGCAGCUCAGCACACAAGUGGAAACAGUUUGUUGCCAACAGGGUGGUAGAAAUCCAGUCCCUCACUGAUCCAGCUGCGUGGUCUCAUUGUAAAGGUAAAGAAAAUCCAGCCGAUUUACCCACACGUGGCCUGUCAGUGACGAGCCUGAGUCAGAGUCAGCUAUGGUGGAGGGGCCCUGCCUUUCUGACCUCCUCUGAAUCUGAGGCAGACUGCGCCGAUCAAUCAGUAAACGAUAACUCCGCUGAGGAAGAAUUGGAAGUAAGCGAACAAGUCACAGUACAUCUCAGCACUGAAAACAACAAGGCAGUAGAGGCGGUGUUAGAUCUUCAAAGAUACAGUAAACUGAAGACUGUACUUAGAGUAACAGCCUGGUUAAAGAGAUUUACAGACAACACACGUUUAGCAACCAAGAGAAAGGGAGAGCUGACCGCUGAGGAGUUAUUUCAAGCAGAAAAAUACUGGAUCAAGUUGACACAACACCAAGACUUCAGUCAAGAGCUGAAUCUCAUGAAGGAUGGGAAGUCAACAAACAAGGAUUCAAAGAUCAGAGAAUUAAGGCCCUUUUUUGAUGAAGAUGGAUUGAUGUGUGUUGAAGGCAGGCUACAACAGUCAGACUUAAGCUUCCGGCAACAACACCCAUGGAUUUUGCCUGCAAAGAACAAAUAUUGUGAGUUGUUAGUUCAACAGAACCAUGAGACCCUGAUGCAUGCAGGUGUGCGAGACACACUAGUGCAACUGAGAGAAAGAUACUGGAUAAUAAAGGGGAGACAGCUUGUGAAGAGUGUUCUAUCUAGAUGCACCGUGUGCAGAAGAUUCAAGGCGAAACCUGUGCAGCAGGUUACUGCUCCAUUGCCUCGUGAUAGAAUCACAGAAUCUCCCCCAUUUGAAGUCACAGGUGUGGAUUUCGCUGGGCCACUAUAUGUCAAGGUCAGUGGUGCACUCAGUAAAGCGUAUAUUGCAUUGUUCACCUGCGCUGUGACCAGAGCUGUCCAUCUGGAGCUUGUAUCCAGUCAAUCUACAGAGCAUUUCCUGUUGGCUCUGAAAAGAUUCGUAGCUAGAAGAGGACUGUGCAAAGUUAUUUACUCAGAUAAAGCAAGGACCUUUAAGCGAGUCGACCAAGAAUUAAAGGAUCUGUGGAAAAACCUAAAAAACCCUCAGCUUCUAGAAUACUUCUCAGGGAGGGGCAUAAGCUGGAAAUUUAUUGCAGAACGAGCCGCUUGGUGGGGUGGUUUCUGGGAAAGGCUUGUCCGGUCUGUUAAAACCUGCCUGAGAAAGGUGUUGGGGCGAGCAUCCCUAAGCUUUGAAGAAAUGACCACCAUUCUGACAGAGGUGGAAGCCACUUUAAAUUCCAGACCACUUACCUUUGUCAGCAAUAAUCUGGAUGAGCCGCAGCCAUUGACACCCGCUCACUUCCUUGUAGGGAAAAGGCUCACUUCUCUGCCAUCAAAACAGCUUUCUGCUGUCAGCGGAACAGCACUGAAUAGACAGGAGAUGACCAGGAGAUGGCGCUAUCAGCAACGACUGAUGACAAGUUUCUGGAGUAGCUGGCGUAAGGACUAUUUAUUGGACCUGAAGUCAGCCCAUCACAGUAAAACCUUACAGCCUACUUUGCUUAAGGUGGGUGACGUUGUCCUCAUGGGAGAUGAGAAUAUGCCACGACAGACCUGGAAGCUAGGAAGGGUUCAUGAACUGUUUCCAGGGCGUGACGGGAAGGUGAAGAAAGUCUAUGGAUACCAACUCAAAAGGGUAAGUGGUAGUGAUAGAGUGUCCCAUUUCUUUAUGAAGUUCCCUAAAUACCAUAUCAUGGCGUUCUUUAGGAAGGAGGAGCUGGUCUUUGCCGUUCACUCGCCUAUAGAGGACCCCAUCAUCGUUCACCACUUCUCGGAUGUGCUGCACAUGGGUUUCAAAUGA